AUGCUCAUGAGCCGCCAAUUAUGGGGCGAUGCUCCGCCGCCGCCGCGGUCCAGGAUGGAUAAUUGGCCGACCCUGCUAUUCUCUUGGUGGGCCACAUCGUGCUGCGCAGUCAUUAUCAUCCUGAGGGUGACUGGACGAAAGAUUCGAAGCGACACACUCUUUCGGGAGGACAAAAUAAUGUUGCUGGCUUUGCUUCCGCUGUUUGCUCGCAUGGUUCUGGUCCAUUUCAUCCUCCUCUAUGGGACCAACAACAUUCAGACCGAGGGCAACACCUUCACUGAUAUCCAGAUUGAGCAUCGCGUCUUGGGCGCCAAACUAGUUCUUGCUGCACGCAUCUCGUAUGCCAUGUUCAUCUGGUUAUGCAAGCUGACGGUGUCGGAAUUCUUGAAGCGCAUCACGUUGCGAAUCUGGCGCCGGAGCUAUGAGCUGACUCUACACGGGAUUCGGAUCUUCCUCCUCUUGACCUUCAUUGCUGUUGUGAUCUCUACUCUCACCGAGUGUCAACCUUUUGAGGCUUACUGGCAAGUCAUCCCGGAUCCGGGUCCGCGCUGCCGACAAGGCUACGGCUUCUUGUUGACGAUGUCAGUCUGCGACAUCAUCUCCGACAUCCUGCUGAUCGCCUUUCCGAUCCCGGUCGUGCUGAAUUCUGGUCAAAUAUGGAAGAGGAAGCUUCAGAUGGGAGCGCUGUUCAGCCUAUCGGUCAUCAUGAUCGCAGUGACUGCUACUAGGGUGCCAAUGGUCAUCGAGAAGAAUGGGCUGCAGCAAUAUCGCUCGAUGUGGGCUUCGUGUGAGAUUCUCGCUUCCGCAGCCGUCUCCAACGCAGUCAUCCUGGGCUCUUUUGUCAGGGGCAAGGGCACCAAACGAAACAAAUACCGAACAACAGACAUGGCCGACAGCAUCGAGCGUGCACCUACACGGCGACCGACUGUCGCCACAUUACACCCUGGCGACAGCGAUGAGGAUCUGUUUCGUGAUCUCGGGUACCGUGUGCCUGAGCAUUUGCGCGAG